AGGUGUUUAGGUAUGUUGCAACAGGCCUGCGCGCGCGUGGAAUCCCCUAUCUCACGCCGUGUAUGUGCAGGAGCAGCUGCUGCUCGGAUAACCCCGAGAAUUGCUGCAUUGCGUGCAGUUUCCAAGCAUUUCACAUAUAGCGAACGACAAUUUACCUCCAGUACUGGCGCUUCCAACAACCCUGAAGCUCGCCCACCUUUUCCCCCUUACACAUUUGAAACAGCCACUGAAAAGGUUCGAAAGGCACAAGACGCUUGGAAUACUCGAAAUCCUGACGUCGUAGCUCUAGCAUACACACCCGACAGCAACUGGCGGAACCGAGACGAAUUUUUC